AUGAGUGGCAGAGGCAAAACCGGCGGUAAAGCCCGAGCAAAGGCUAAGACUCGCUCCUCCAGGGCGGGACUGCAGUUUCCCGUUGGCCGUGUUCACAGACUUCUGCGCAAAGGAAACUACGCCGAGCGCGUCGGUGCCGGAGCUCCUGUUUAUCUGGCGGCGGUACUCGAGUACCUCACCGCUGAGAUCCUGGAGUUGGCUGGAAACGCCGCUCGGGACAACAAGAAGACUCGUAUCAUCCCCCGUCACCUGCAGCUGGCGGUGCGUAAUGACGAGGAGCUCAACAAACUUCUGGGCCGAGUGACCAUCGCUCAAGGCGGCGUGCUGCCAAACAUCCAGGCCGUGCUGUUGCCCAAGAAGACAGAGAAACCCGCCAAAUCAAAGUAAACGGAGCGAAGGUUUCGUUAUCAAAACAAAGGCUCUUUUAAGAGCCACCCAUUUUAUCUGUCAACGAGCGCUUUUCUCUUUUAAUAUUGUUACCAACAUAAAUGA